UAUCAUCGAUGUUUUUUCCAGCUCUAUUUUUUAGCUGUACCAAAUUUAUUUGGGGAAACAUUUUUAAUUAAAUUUUGUGGAAGUCCCGUUCAAAAAGAAUUCGGAACAUGUCGAGCCAUUUAAGCUAUGAUAUCUUAAAAAAAAUGUUAGAGGCCGGAGAGGACUGUAAUAUAGAAUUCCUUAAAGAUUUACUUGCACACGAAAUCGGUAGUGUGCGUCGUUUAGAUCAGAUUCACACGUUAGAGGAUUUGAUUGCCUGUCUCGAAAACAACGAUGAACUAAAUGAGGAAAAUGUUCAACCAUUGAAGAAGAUGACAAAGAACCAGGAAACUCUGCAACAAAUAAACGCCUACCAACCCAUUCGGGUUCAACAUCCAGUGCAGAAUGUGUCUCCACAGCCUGUACCGAUGGUAGUUCCAACUUCAGUUCAACAGAACUAUGUAACACCCGCUGCGUUCUCGGAAAACAAACGGGUGGCAGUUUUUAAAAAAAUCUCCGAACAACUGGGCCGAUCUUGGCGAGAUUUGGGUCGUCAACUUAAUAUAAGCGAGGGAGCAAUGGAUGACAUGGAGGAGCGUUAUCCACGGGACUUGAAAUCGCGCAUAUUGUAUUUACUAAAGAUGGCUGAGGAGGAUGAAGUACAUGAUCCUAGACAAUUCCUUAAACGUCUCUGCCGGGGCCUCUCUGGAGCGGGACGAAACGAUCUGCGCAAUCGAGUAGAGGAUACCAUGUCGCACUGAAUUUUCAUGCAUGUUUGUCAAAAUUCCGCAUUUUAUUCAUUAAUUAAGAAGCACCUGCUGAUGCCUAUGCCUAUAUCGGUAAAUUCUUUACAUCUCAUAUCAUAUACUGACUGAAUUACGACAAAUCAUUGUUGAGAAGAAUCCCGAUGAAUUGUGAUUCCCAUAUUAAAGUUAAAUAAAUAAUAUAUUAAAAA